AUGGGGCCCCCGGGCAAUAGGGGAUCAUGGGGCCCCUGUGUUCUUGCUCAAACUCAAAAAAGCCUAUGAAAAAGAUGGGCUAUAACAGAGCUCAAAAUUACAAGUCCUGAGCUACUAGCCAGACUUUAAGAGUUACUUGCCUCCAGUUUGCCCACCAAACCCCUACCCAGGGGUGGACUGACAACUCAUGGGGCCCCCGGGCAAUAGGGGAUCAUGGGGCCCCUGUGUCCUUGCCCAAACACAAAAAAGCCUAUGAAAAAGGUACCAGGGGCAUCUCAUGGGGCCCCCUACCGACCCCGGGCCCUCGGGCAGUGCCGAGUUUCCAAAUGGUCAGUUCGCCCCUGCCCCUACCCUGCCACAUUUAUA